AUGUCCGACUCCAAAGAAGGCCUGCUCGCCCAGGCCGAGCCCGCCGACCCGCCGCCCGCAUACGACGCGCACCCGCCACAACGCAGCAGCCUGCCGCGCCCACCACCCCUCGCGCUGCCGGUGCUGAACGAGCUGCGCAACAAGCGCGUGAUUCUCGCCUCGUCAUCGCCGCGCCGGCGCCAGAUCAUGUCGCUGCUGGGCCUGCCCAAUCUCGAGGUUAUCCCGUCGAACGCGGCGGAGGACUUCCCCAAGACGAUGGAGCCGUUCGAGUACGUGCUCGCGACGGCGACGAAGAAAGUGCACGCCGUCUACGAGCAGGAGAUCGUCAACGAGGCCCAGGGCGAGCCGGGCCUGAUCCUCGCCGCCGACACCAUCGUCGUCGACACCGUCUCCGGCACCAUCCUCGAGAAACCCCGCUCCGAGGCGCAGCACCUCACCAUGCUCAAGACGCUGCGCAAUAACCGCGACCAUAAGGUGUUCACCGCCAUGGCGGCCAUGGCGCCCCUGGCGAGUGCGCGCCAGCCGGGCUAUGUGCUCGAGACCGCUAUCGAGGAGUCGACGGUGCGGUUUGACACGGAGGUCACGGAUGAGUUGAUUCUGGCGUAUGUGCGGACGCGCGAGGGUGCGGAUAAAGCGGGCGGGUAUGGGCUGCAGGGGCUGGGGUCGAUUCUGGUCGAGAAGAUCGAUGGGAGUCACGAUAAUGUGGUGGGGUUGCCGUUGCGGGCGGCGCUGAAGUUGAUGGAGAAGGUGUUGGCCAAGGCGGAUGAUGAUGAUCGGUUGUCUGGAAACGAGGGCUCCGAUGAGGAGUUGGAAUGA